UACUAACCAUGCCUGAUCCAGCAAAGCCUGCCCCCAAGAAGGGCUCAAAGAAAGCCGUGAGCAAGACCCCCGGAAAAGGUGGCAAGAAGCGUAAGAGGACCAGGAAGGAGAGCUAUGCUAUCUACGUGUACAAGGUCCUGAAGCAGGUCCACCCCGAUACUGGGAUCUCUUCUAAGGCCAUGAGUAUCAUGAACUCCUUCGUCAACGACAUCUUCGAGCGCAUCGCUGGUGAGGCUUCCCGCCUGGCACACUACAACAAGCGCCACACCAUCUCCUCCAGGGAGAUCCAGACCGCAGUGCGUCUGUUGCUGCCUGGUGAGCUCGCCAAGCACGCCGUGUCUGAGGGAACCAAGGCCGUCACCAAGUACACCAGCUCAAAGUAAAGACUUCUCCCCCUCUACCCAAACCAAAGGCUCUUUUAAGAGCUACCCAAAAUCUCAUUGAAAAGCUAUUCCAUUUACUUGUGAAUAUUGAACAGAAUUAUCUGUUUAGUAGGCCUUUGUGAUCAAAUGAAGUCUUCCACACAGACGCGCUCAACCAAAGCUAACAAACCAAAUGUAGGCUACUGAAUAAUUUGCCAGGCCUAGGAUGACGCGCAGUGUGAUAUUGCAGUCUUUCUCUAUUGGUCCCCGCAUGUGUCAACUAAUGGUGCAUUCCCCAGAGGUAGGAGCUUCCUAGUAGGCAACAAAAAGGCAGCUACCUCCCACUUGAAAGCGUUCCAACCAGCAAGUCAAACAAACUACAAACAUGGAGGGACAAAAACUACAUAUCCACUUCUCAAAGAUGUCAGCAAUGUAAACAACAUCA